UUUUGCCCUUUCUUUUAGUUAUUAAUUCGUGAAUUUCCAAUUCGUGUGUGUUCAAUAUCGUCGUGUUGUAAAUUGAUUCUAUAAAAUUACCAGAAAAAUGAUAAUAAAAACUAUGAAAACCGUAGUGAAAUGAAAGUUUUCAGUUUAUGAAUUUGUUGAAAUCCAAACUGUAUAAAGUGAUUUCGAACGGACGUUAAAACGCGUUUGCCUGUCACUGACGUCUCUUAAAUUGACCCCAAUAACAAACAACUCAACUGAGAAAAGAAAAAAAACAAAUCUUUGUGCGGGAAUAUUUUCGUCCAACAAGAUCUGGCGCUUUGCAAGUGUAAUCCAAACAAAAAAAUACAAAGUGAAUAACAAGUGAUUGUAAUUUAGAAGCUUCAACAAUAAUUAUCACUACCGAUUAUAUGCAUAUGAAGAAAGUUCAUCAUUUCCAGCAGCUUACCAGUGUUGUGAGUGUGGAAUUCUUGUGGGCUUUCUUUUGAUAAAUCUUCUACCAAAAAGAAAGAAAAAUCCAAUACAGGCUGCUAACUAACAAAACAACAACAAAAACACAAUCAAAUUAAUAUGAGAAAAAGUGUGUGGAAAAAGAAAGGAGAACAAAAAAGAAAAAAAGAAAGUCAAGGAAUAUUGGAAAAUAUAAAUUCAUAAAUUACAAAUAUUCGCCCAAUUUUCUUUAGAUCAGAAAAACAACAAAACAAAAAAUAAAUAAAACCUCUUGUUGAAUGUCAUUUAAUAUAUCGAGAGAGAGGGAGCAUAAAAGUGUCUGUCUCUUCAAAGUGCCAAAAAAGAAACAAGUGAGAGAAAUCUUUCGUGUCGUUUUUUAAAACUUCAAACUCAAAAGAAACCAUUGGAAAAUAUUGUAAAAAUUAAAGCUUUUUAUUCAGAAAAAUUGAUAGAUCUUUAAUUAAAAAAAAAAAAAAAAAAAAAACAGUGCCUAUAAUAUAUCAGUGUUGUAUGUGAUUGUUCCAGUGUAAAAUUAAAGGAAAGAAAUUAUCUCGAAUAUUUGGUACAAGAAUAUAAGUAAAAUAUCUAAAGCUUAAAACCAAUUUUGAGAAUUCCCUUGUCCCUCCCCAUUUAACUCUGCCAUCAGUCAUCGUAUAUAAAUAUUUUCUUAACAAUCAUUACUUGAAUGCACAAUAAUUUGUCGUUACUAGACAACCUAAAUCAGCAAUGGGUGCAAUAUCCAAAUUAGUGAAUAACAACGCCACCAAUAUAGCUGGUGGCGGCAAUAAUAACACGGUCACGGUCACUAAUAACAACCGUCUGCAGUUGGAGGAGCAAACAGCCAAGAAAUCAGCUGUUGAUCUUCUUCCAUCAACUUCUUCGUCUUUGUCGUCAGCAACUCCAGGAAAUGCCACCUCCGCUAUUGCUUUAACAGCCAAUGGCAAACCCAAAGAGAAAAGAAGGAACAAUGAAAAACGCAAAGAACGUUCUCGCGAUGCGGCCAGAUGCCGACGGUCUCGUGAAACUGAAAUCUUUACAGAAUUGGCCCAGGUGCUGCCCCUGAAAAAAGAGGAUGUACAACAGCUGGACAAAGCCUCGGUGAUGCGUAUUGCUAUUUCAUAUCUUAAAGUUCGCGAUAUGCUUAAGAUGUUUCCCAAAAUACAAGCCUUAUGUGGUGAUUUAGAUAUUCCCUACAGCCAAGAGGAACAUUCAGAAAAAUACGAAAAAGAAGAAAAUAAUACUUCCACCACCAACACCCCAUAUGAUACGGAAAAUGAUGACUCUCAACAGUCCUCAGCCGAAGAACCGAAACAAGAGAAUUUGGAAACAUCAAAACUCUCCACCGAGGAAAACGCCAGCACAACAGCUGAUGAUGAUUCUUUCAAUUCGACUCGUUUCAUAAAACAAACCUUGGACGGGUUCCUUUUGAUUUUAUCCAAUGAUGGUGACAUUACCUAUGUCACUGAUAACAUUAGCGAUUAUUUGGGUAUAUCAAAGAUUGAUAUGCUGGGCCAACAAAUAUGGGAAUAUGCUCAUCAAUGUGAUCAUGCCGAGCUCAAGGAAGCACUGAACAUCAAACGCAAUGGCGUUGCUGAUAAAGUCAAAGACGAACAUCUAUUGGAGGAGGGUAUCUCCACUGAUCAUCGUGAUCUAUUCGUUCGUUUGAAAUGCACCCUGACCAGUCGUGGUCGCAGCAUUAAUAUUAAGAGUGCUUCUUAUAAGGUUAUUCACAUUACCGGUCAUUUGGUGGUUAAUACAAAAGGUGAUCGUGUCUUGGUAGCCAUGGGUAGACCCAUACCACAUCCCUCCAAUAUUGAGGUACCGUUGGGCAGCACAACUUUUCUAACCAAACAUUCAUUGGAUAUGAAAUUUGUAUACGCCGAUGAUAAAAUGUUUAAUUUGCUGGGUUAUAAACCGGAAGAUUUACUUGAAACAUCUCUAUUCAAUUAUCAUCAUGGCAUCGAUUCGGACAGUUUGAUGGUGACCUUUAAAAAUGUUUUAUCCAAGGGCCAGGGCGAGACCAGCCGCUAUCGUUUUCUGGGCAAAUAUGGUGGCUAUUGUUGGAUUGUGACACAGGCCACCAUUGUCUAUGACAAAUUGAAACCACAAAGUGUGGUUUGUGUUAAUUAUGUCAUUAGUAAUCUGGAGAAUAAGCAUGAAAUUUAUACUUUGCAACAAUACGAAGAGUCGCAAAAACUUAAACUUGUUGAAGACAUCAAAGGAAGUAAUAACAACAACAACAACAAUACUGGCUGUAACAACAAAAAUGAGAUUUUAAAUAUUAAUACAAAAGAAAUUAAAUCGGCUCCACAACAACAAAAAGCAGAAAAACUUGAAGACAACAAGGAGCAUAAAAUCGAAAUACCACUCAAUAACAACGGCAACAACAAGAAUAUUGCUAACAAUUCAAAUAAGCCACCAGAAAUUACUGAGAAUUCAUUCAAUUCCAUACAAAUCAAACGUGAACAAACACCACCUGUUGUAGUUACUGCUGCAGCAACACCAAAUCCAAUUACUCCCAACAACAGCAACAAUAAUACAAUUGAACCACAAAAACCAAUUUUAUAUAAAAACUAUAAUAACAAUCCCACAGAUAAUAAUAAUCCAUCCCUGUUGCCACAACCAAUUGCCGCAGCAACAGGCACAACAACAAAUUUACAUUGUCCCACCACCACGGUUACGCGUACCAUUUUCGAAAAUAACAAACCCCCAGCUUCCACGGUCACCCGGGCCAUAUUCGAAAAUAAAUCCUUGUCCAAAUACGCCGAUGACAAGGGUCCCAAGACAGUAACCUCUUCGAUUUUACGUCCGGCAACGUCGGCCGUCUUGCAACACGGUGUGAGUUUACCAACAACCACAUCGACCCAGGCAAUUUUACAAUUGCAACCAACAACAACAGCAACUGCUUUGAAUGUUAAUCCUUUGGGUGGUGCACAAUCGGUGACGGCAUCUGUAUUUGCACCCCGAUCCCAACACAUACCCUUGACCACAACCACUGCAUCCAUAUUUGCUAAGCAUCAUCAACAGCAGCAACAACAACAACAAAAUCCACAGCAGCAGCAGACAGAAGCGGUCAAUCAACAAGAUAUGAAUAAAGGAUAUUUAACAUUUGCCGAAGAUGCCAGUGAACUAACAAUGCUUAAAGAAGAACCUGAUGAUCUAACAGCCCAUUUGGUGGCCCCAAAUGCCGUCGAUGCUUGUCUGCCACUCGAUGAGACGACACCAUUGUUCAGUGAAAUGCUUGUCGGUCUAAUGGGCACUUAUGGUGGCCUCCUGUCCGAUGAUAUCAGUUCUUUUGAUUCAUCCAAUUCAGCGACAUCCAAUACAGAUCACAGCAACAACAACUGCAAUAGUUCAUCUGGCUCCUGUCCAUCGCCCUUCAGUAAUCACAAUGGAACAGCCGUCGCUGCAACAACGCAUAGCCAACACCACCAACAACAGCAUCAGCAGCAGCAUCAUCGGCAAUCGCCAACCCUAACAAUGACAAAUAGUAGCAUAACAAACGGUAAUAGCAACAGCAACCACAACCACCACCACAACAACAACAACAGCAAUUCACCAGUAACCAAUAAUACAACAAAUAGCACAAAUAUCGAUCCAUUUAUAAAUAAUAAUCGCGAUGAAUCGAAUGAUACGCUUUGUUCGCAGCAUUUAUUAUCAUCACCAAGUGCUUCAUCAAAGAGUCCCGAUGGCAGUAGUCUACCCUCGCUGUGCAGCCCCAAUUCGCUGAGCCAAGAAGAUGACUUCUCCUAUUACACCAUGAACGUUGACGACAUGGAUGACUUGACAAUGCGUGCCCCCUAUAUUCCCAUGAAUGAACAGGACGAUUUGCCGCUACUGACCACGGACGAUUUCAUGUGGAGCAGUGGUAAUGCCUUCAAUGCUGAUGAUUUUUCGCUACAGACAAAAGAGACGGACAACUUGCAGGCAUUGCAAUCAUCGAUUAAUCAAAACAUUAAUUAUCAACAGCAGCAAUUUACACAGCCGCAGCAACAGCAACAGCAAUAUUCAAGCUCAUUAUGCUCAUCGCCAGCCUCAACAGUAUCCUCAAUGUCGCCAUCGUCGCCCAUGCAACAGCAACAGCAACAGCAUCAGCAGCAACAACAACAACAAAUCCAACAAAAUAAUUCUCAGCAAUUUUUAACAUCGGAUUCCAGUGAAUUGGCUGCCCUACUUUGUGGUACCGGUUCAGGAUCGUUAUCCUUGCUGCAGGAUAAUUCAACAAAUUCGUCAAUUGGUAAUUGUGGUGGUGCCGCUGGUGUGUUGGUGAGUAAUGGUGGAGGUGGUGGUAGUAUUGGCAGUACUGACAGUGGUGUUAUGUUAACCGACGAUUUGGAUAAUGUCAGUGUGGCCUCAGCCUCGUCGUCUGCCAAUAAUCUCACCCAGCAACAGCAGCAACAUGAAUUCCAGCAACAAUGUUUGCAACAAUUGCAAGAUCAAUUGCAGCAACAGCAACGCCAACAACAACAAUUGUUAUUGAGUGGUCUAAACAUCAGUUGUAAAAAAGAGAAAUUCGAUGGCUCGGCCAAUAAUGGAACACCGGUUUCACUUACGCCCAGUUUGUGUGAUUCCAUUGAAGACUCGUUCGACAGUGUCUACAACAAGAAUUCAUCAAACUUGGAUUGUUGGAGUGAUUUCUUGCAAAUCAACAAUGCCACAGACAAUAGCAACAACAAUACAGCAACAGCAACAACAACGCCUCAACAUGUAACCGUAACAUUGGAAAAUUUGCGACAUGAAGACUGUAAACAACAAAUACAAAUGCAAUUGCAACAGCAACAACAACAGCAGCAGCAGCAACACCAGAACAUUAUAUUAAAUGCAGUGCCAUUAAUAACAAUUCAAAGCAAUAACAAAAAUCUGAUUAUACCAACAACCACACAGCAGUCGCAACAACAAUCCCAAAACAAUUCCCCCAACUCCCUGAAUUCGACGCAAAGCAAUACAAAAAUUCUAAAUACUAAAGUGAAUACAAUCAAAUUGACCCCCUUGACUAGUACGGCCACAAUUCGGAUUAUUGAAAAUCGUCAGCCUUUGAUGCAACAGCAACAGCAGCAGCAACAAAAUGUUGUGAAAACCGCCUUUUUGCACACAACCGGUGGCAAUAAACGUCAUUUGAGCAACUCGCAAUUGUCGAAUACCAGCAUGGAUUCGAAACGCAUGAAGGGCAUUAAUGCCGAAUCGACAACAACAACUUCACAAUUGUUGCAACAAUUGAUAACGACGCCCCAAAAUGGAAAACAACAACAAGCAAAGGAUUCAAAGGCAAUGAUGACCAACAACCACAACACCAACUCCAAUAAAUGGUCAUCACAAAAUUCCAAUGUUGUAAUGGCUGAAAACAAACAACAACAACAGCAACACCAGAAACAGCAAAGGCAGCAACAACAACUUUCGCAACAAUCAAAUUCGGUUCUAAAGAAUCUUUUGAUCAGCGGCUGCGAUAAACCACAAUUGCAAAAUACGGACAUACUAAACAAUGACGAAUCAUCAAUGGACCAAUGCUUGUCGCCAGCUCUGGCCAAGCCUCUGAAAUGUCUUACAAAUUCGGCAACUUCUUCGCCGACACCCAAUGAAACGGGUUUGCUGAAUUAUCUAAACAAUCCCUUGAUUUGUGGACCAGGUGUUUUGCCAUCACCCACCUUGGCCUCGAUGGCUGUUAUCAACGAUGAUUCCAAUCCACCCGGUCUUACUGCUUGUCCCGAUAUUGUGGAGGGGGCCAAUGAUAGUGGCAUUGACGAUAGUAUCCAUGAAAAUAUGUCACCACUUAAGAGGGCCUAUGAAGGAAACGAUUCCACAAAUCAAGAUAAACAACAAAUGAAAUUGAAUAAAAAUGGACUCGUUAUGGUGGCUGAAGUUACGCCAAUGGCAGCGGUAAACCAGAGCAGUGGUGGCAAUGAUGAUGAUAUGGGUGCCUCCAUUUGCAAACGCAAACGUUCGAUUUCAUUUUUGGACAGCAAUAAUCCCUUGAUGGCCACACCAUUUCUAAUGGAUUUGUGCAAUGAUGAUUAUGUCAUGAGUCUGGGAGAAAAUUAUAUUGACAAUGUUCUCAAUGUCUGGCCCGAAGAACUGGCCUGAUGUAUGGCAUAAUUAAAUAAAUAAAUAAAUAAAUAAUAAACAUAAACAAAACAGAACACACAAAAUAAAUAACUUUGACAAUGAAAUGAAAACAAAACAAAAGCUCAUAAUAAAUAAUCUACAAACCAUUUGCUUAAAUAAAACAAAACAAAAAAAAAUAUUUGUUGAUUUUCUAAAAAAAAAAAUAAAGUGUUGCAACAUCUCUUUUAGUUGUCUUCUAACACACAAUUGUAAAAUAGUUUUUAAGCCAAACAAACAAACACCAGCAAAUACCCACAAAAUAGCAAAAGAAAAUCACACCAAACACACCCCCCCCCCUUUUUUUUUGAACUGCCCCCGUUUUUAGGAUCCCGAUUUUGUCCUGGAAAAUAACCACACAAAAACUAAAAAUCAAAACAUAAAAAUUAUAUUCUAUAGAUUUUAGAACCAACAAACAUAAUAUAUUUUUAUAUAGAAUGAACAGGAAAAAAUUAAAAAAAAAAACUAAAAAAAAAAAUAAAAAAAAUUUUAAUCAUAGUUAUAUUCUUCUUUAAAAAAAAAUAUAUAAAUAAAACAAUUGGUGAAGGUUUAAAUACAGUUUUUUUUUCUUGAUUUCUUUUAAAAAUAAAAGUUGUAAUCAAAAUUUUAUUCAAAUUCAUCUUUUUCAAAAAAACAAUAAUUUUCAACAAGCUAUGAUUAAUCAAAAAAUCCAAAAAAAAAAAAUAUUUUUAUUCUAUGGUAGUUAAAAAAAACAAACAAACAACAAAAAUAGUUUAAAGAAUUUAAGAGCAUUUAUUCAUAUAAACCCAUAAAGAUACAUAAAAAAGAAAAGAUUUUUGUUGAUUUCAAUUAAAAUUUCGUUUAUUCAAAUUUAUAAA